AUGGCCGUAACGGCUGGUAUCUUGCCGACGCGGUGCUCCUUUGACGAUGACAUCGCUAUGAUUACCCUGCAAAUGGAAGAGUUCGACAUUUUCGCAAAGCAGGAUAAGGGGAAAUAUCGCGCGGAGGAACCGCCAGAUUUCAAAGUCGCCCUUGAGGCAUCUGUUGAAGAGCUCCAAAUCCACAAAUACUACCUCUAUGACUGCAAGUUUGCACAAAGCAUUGGCGCCGCCGUACAUGAGGAUGAAACCAUCAUCGCAGCUUUGGCCUCGGAAGAUCACCAGGCUUAUGAAGACAGAGAAAUGGCGCUGCGACUUAAUGAGGAUCCGGAUCUUGAACAUCCAGGGCAGGCCACCGAGAGCGAUCUAUCACUAUUGGACAAAUGGCUACCUGUCGUCGCUGAGACUAUUAUGGCCAAUGCGUUGAUUACGACUUCGGACGAUGAACUAGACCAGGCUGGCCCUUCAAUGACCUUUGCCGAACGUCAGGCCGAUCUGCUAGUGAAGUUGUCACAAGGGUUCACUUGUAGCGUCUGCCGGGAAACGCGUCGAUGCGAUGCUAUGGCGAAGGUUCAAUGCGAACAUCGGUAUUGCAUUGACUGUGCGAAAGAGCUCUUCAUACGAGCUACAAAUGACGAAGAACUGUUUCCUCCGCGUUGCUGCAAGAAACCUAUCGAUGCCACACUGGUUAGGAGACACAUGACCGACGAUGAGCUUGAGGCUUACGACAUUGCGAGCAUAGAGUUCGCUACUAUCGACAGGACUUAUUGCAGCAAUCGCCAAUGCGGGAAAUUCCUACCAGCUGGACUGAUGCAUGUCGGAACAAAAGCGGCCACUUGCAAAAAUUGUGAUACUUGUACAUGCUGUAUUUGUAACAACGAAUACCACAGGGGUAGUGAUUGUCCCAACGACCCGGCUCUGCGCGCGACGAGAAAGUUGGCAUUGGCGAACGGUUGGCAAACAUGCCCUGGUUGUAAUGUGCUUGUUCAACUGCGUACCGGCUGUAAUUAUAUAACAUGCCGGUGCAAGACUGAAUUCUGCUAUGUUUGUGGCAUACGGUGGAAGAAUUGUCAUUGUGACGUGGCGGAUGAGGGCCGAAUGAUCGAGCGCGCGGAGGAAGUUGUUGAUCGUGACGCAGAAGCAGGGCCGCCUCGAGCUGAGCGCAAUCGUCGUGUGCGUCUCAUACAUUCCGAGCUUCAGGAGAACCAUGAGUGUGAGCACCGUGGUCGUUUUCAGCGUUUGCUCAGCGGCGGGAGGCGAGGCUUCCAAUGUGAAAUGUGUGACGCCCGGCAUUGGAAGUACAUCCUGCAAUGUCGCCAUUGCUAUAUCAAUGUUUGCGAGGACUGCCGCAGGAACCGCAUCUAA